GGUCGAAAUAUUUGAGCUGUUUACAAACCAGAAAACCACACACUUGUUAUCUGUAAAUUGUGUUGUUAAUUAGCCAACGUAAGGGCAUUCAAAUAACACAAUAAACUCAAACUUUGACAGUUAUUUAUCCAAAGGUGAGAUGGCAGCAUCGGGGCUGGACGAUUUGAAUUUUACAAUGAAAGAGAUAACCGGCACGCGCCAGUCAGUCUCGGGCAGCGCAAGUGACGAAUCGUCCACUGCCAGUGUUGUGCCUGAGAGCUCGUCGAUUCUUUCCAUAUCAGAAGAGAAUAAACUCGUCUGUGUGGAAUAUCCAGGUAUUAUCUCCAAUGUGGACAAGAUGCUGGAAAGUAUUGGGGGUAUACAAGGAGUGUCCAAGGUGAGUAAGCAACUCAAGCUAGCUAGCCACACACGUCAAUCAGCGCAUGCGCGACUUGUCAGUCGCUAGCUAGUUAGCUACGUUACUCUGCUUGCAAUGUUUAUGCAUGUAUAUAGCUAGCUACAUUUACAUUUACAUCAUUUAGCAGACGCUCUUAUUCAGAACGACUUACAAAUAGGUGCAUUCAACUUAUGAUAGCCAGUGGGACAACCACCUAGAUACAUGUCUUAAUGAGAUAAAUGUUAUCAUUCACACCAUAUUAGUUGACUGUAGGUAACAGGUGCUAGCUAGCUAGUUCAGCCAUGCAUACCUACUCACAUGUUGUUGUUCCCGUAAUCACCACCACUAUUUGUAUUGUUCAUAAUAAUGAUGAUGAUGAUGAACUAAACAGGAAGUGUUUCUCCACAGACCUAUGCUGACCCCAGCAGGCGGUUGGAGCUCCGCUUUCGUCCUCAGGACCCGUUCUGUCACCCUGUCUGUGGAAACCGUUUCCCCUCCACCAACCUGCUGCUGCGCAUGAAAAGGAGGGUGCGCAAAGGCAACCCCAAGGAGGCCCAAAUCAACAUGGACAUCCUGGGUGUCAUCGGGACAACAUACAAAUUCCAAGGUUCAUCUUCUUAAACGCCAAACACUUGAGUGUCUGUGACCCCUUUAUAUCGCUUUAUGAUUCCUUUCCAUUGCCUCCCUACUCUGAUCUGUGCUGUUAUUACUCUUCAUUGUGUAUUUGUUGAUGUAAGUUGGACACAGAGUGAAUAGAACAUUAAGAACACCUCUUUCCAUGACAUAGACUGACCAGGUGAAUGCUAUGAUCCUUUAUUGAGGCCAUUUGUUAAAUCCACUUCAGUGAGUGUAGAUGAAGAGGAGGAGAUGGGUUAAAGAAGGAUUUCUAAGCCUUGAGACAAUUGAGACAUGGAUUGUGUAUGUGUGCCAUUCAGAGGGUGAAUGGGCAAGACAAAAGAUCUAAGUGCCUUUGAACGGGGUAUGGUAGUAGGUGCCAGGCGCACCGGUUUGUGUCAACAACUGCAACGCUGCUGGGUUUUUCAUGCUCAACUGUUUCCCGUGUGUAUCAAGAAUGGUCGACCACACAAAGGACAUCCAGCUUACUUGACACAACUGUAGGAAGCAUUGGAGUCAACAUGUGCCAGCAUUCCUGUGGAAUGCUUUCGACACCUUGUAGAGUCCAUGCCCUGACGAAUUGAGGCUGUUCUGAGGGCAAAAGUGGGGGGUGCAACUCAAUAUUAGGAAGGUGUUCUUAAUGUUUUGUACACUCAGUGUAUAUUGUUAAUUGUUGCAGGGAUGGCAGACUUCCAGUAUCUUGCGGUACAUUCAGCAAAGGACGGCUCACAUACAUCCCUCUACGAUAAGAUCAUCUUGCGUAAACCAGAGAAUAAUGAGUUCUUUGAGCAGCCGGUGCCCCUCUUCCUUCCUCCACCCAUCUUCUCUCGCCUGGACAGUGCUGUGGACUAUAACUACCGACCUGAAAUCCAACACAAGUAAGCAGGGGCACUGGGGCAGGAGUGGGAGCAGCACAUUUUCACCCUCAUCAGAGGUAGUGUGUUCAGCUCAGAAAUAAAUAUGCCAAUGGAAGUCAACAUGUAGUGUGUCAACAAUAAUGCGUAAGAAUUCCCAACAACUUUACACAAUGGUGUGUUCAACAACAGGAGCAAGACAAGAAGCCCCUUAUUUAGUUAUAAAGAUGCAGGUGCUAAUAGAUGUGGCCAUUGGCCAACCCAUAGGGGUUAUUAGCUAAACCAUUGUGGACUUGUGUCUUCUGUGCAGAGAAGGCCAUUGUCCCCCGACAGUCUCCAGGGAUAAUUUGAUUGGUUUGAGUCGAGCCCGUCGGCCUCACAACGCCAUCUUCCUCAACUUUUAUGACCAGAACAUCCCCACGGAGCCCCUGGAGGCUGCCAAGGUCAACUGGAAGAGAGUGUGUGUUCACCCCAGUGACAUAAAGGCAGAGGAACAACUGAAGAAGGUCAGUAUACUUUGCAUUGGGCUUCUGAGGUUUAUUCACAAGCCAUUGUGAAGACUGCAUGAAGUCGAACGCAGGGGGGGGAUGUCUUCACGUUUUAAACUCUUCUUGUAUUAUUGAUCAUCACAGAUGUGUUAAUCACAUAUACAUAGGAACAUAGCUUUUUUUCAGUUUGAGCCUUUUGGUUUUUAUCGUAAUGCUAUUUCAAGACCGAAGCGUUUACUUAAGUGUUAGCCUAUAGGCUAGUUUGUAUUUGAUAUCUCUGAUUUAGAGGGAAUUACAAUGGACACUCUCAGACCUUGAUGACGUUACCCAUUUUUUUUGUUCUUGUUGGCCAACAGUUUACCCACCUUUUGCGGAAAAAUACAUUGAAAGUAUAGGGAGCUUUACGUUUUUCACCGCGACCGGUGAUCAGAGUUUACCCGCCUAUUUUUUUUUACCGCUACAUCAUUGACGUUACCUGCCCACCUAUAUUUUUUACAUCACCAUGUACAGAGGAUGUUCCUAUGGUAUUUUUAUAUGGAAAAUGUACACAUGGGAAAUGUUACGUACAUUGCUUUGAUAUCCCAUCUGUGUUAUCUUUUCCCAAACCACAUUGUGUGUAGAUGUUUGAGAGCCGGCCCAUCUGGUCCGGGUACGCGGUCAAGGCCAACCUGGACAUCCACCCUGAUAAACUGAAGCUGCUGCUCCCUAUCGUGGCCUACUAUAUGGUGAGGAGACCUAGACCAGUCAAUGGAAAAAGCAACAGGAAACACCUCCAAAAAUAGCGUAUGUCUGCUUUCUAACUGUCACCAUGGAUACUACAGCCCAAGCUCAAGGUCACAUACCUGUAUACCAUUCACCAGGAUGCCAAUUGUUUGGCAGUCUGCAUAUUCCCUGAGACCUAACUAAUCUAUAUGGGGAGGAGUCCUAAACCAGUCGGGGGUCAAUGAAGGGAAAUAGGGCAUCUCACCAUUUACAUGCCAUGUCUUAUUCAAUUCACUUGAAUUUAAAUUAACCUCUUGAGGGAAGUAGAAAUGGAUGGUGGUGAGAGAGAGAAAGAAGACGCAAACAUGAACAUCUAUUUGAUCAAUAUUUGAUUAAUAGAAUAUUAAAUAAAAAGGUACAGUGUGAGUCCUCGCAAUGAAAUCAUCGAGUGAGUCAACGGAACAACCCAUUGUUCUUAAAUGCCAUACAAAUUCCAUCAAAACCUGAUAUGUGUGUCCUCUAGGUGACAGGCCCCUGGAGGAGCCUCUGGGUGAGAUUUGGCUACGACCCCUGCAAGACACCAGAGGCCAAGAAAUACCAGGUGCUGGACUUCAGGAUCCGCUGCAGUACCAAGCACGGUGAGGAGUGGGGGCAGGGUGGAGUUUAAUUCAAACUAAUCUGGAGGGACAAUUUAAUCCUACACCCUUUGUUAAUCCAGUCAUCAUGCAUUGUUUUAUGAGACCGUGUUUUCCCCCCUGUGACUGUCUUUAGGAUAUACUAUAAAUGACAUGCCAGUGAAGGCCAAGAGGAGCACGUUCAACUAUACCCUGCCAAUCACAGUUAACAAAGCAGGUGAGCAACUGGGCAUAUGUCUGGCGCCGGAGAAGAUGGCUGCCGUUUUACAAAUUGUACUAUUAUUUGUAAUUUAUUCUGUACAUAAUGUUUCUGCCAACAUCUCUUAUGACCAAAAAGAGCUUCUGGAUAUCAGGACAGCGAAUACUCACCUUGUAUUGGAUAAAGAUUUUUUCUUCAACGAGUCGGACGCGAAGGAUAUCCUACAGACACCCGGCAAGGCCCAAAUCCCCGUAAUUCGCAUGAGAAAGAGACGGAGAUAUCGUGGACGUAGGUCAUGGUGCCUUGUAAGGAUCCAACGGCGAGCGAGUAAAUUGCCUCUUCCAUCAAUCCUAUUAGCCAAUGUUCAAUCAUUUGAAAACAAAUUGGAUGACCUAAGAUUAAGGUUAUCCUACCAACGGGACAUAAAAAUCUGUAAUAUCUUAUGUUUCACCGAGUCGUGGCUGAACGACGGCAUGGACAAUAUACAGCUGAUGGGAUAUACGCUACAUCGGCAGGAUAGAACGGCUGACUCCGGUAAGACAAGGAGUGGCGGUCUGUGUAUAUUUGUAAACAACAGCUGGUGCAUAAAAUCUAAUACUAAGGAAGUCUCAAGGUUUUGCUCGCAUGAGGUAGAGUAUCUCAUGAUAAGCUGUAGAACACACUAUUUACCAAGAUACUUUUCAUCUAUAUUUUUCGUAGCUGUCUAUCUACCAGCACAAACCGAUGCUGGCAUUAAGAUUGCACUCAAUGAGCUGUGUAAGUCCAUAAGUAAACAGGAAAACACUCAUCCAGAGGCAGCGUUCCUAGUGGCCUGGGACUUUAAUGCAGUUAAACUUAAAUCCGUUCUACCUAAUUUCGACCAGCAUGUUAAAUGUGCAACCAGAGGAAAAAAAACUCUACACCACCUUUACUCCACACACAGAGACGCAUACAAAGCUCUCCCUCGCCCUCCAUUUGGCAAAUCUGACCAUAACUCUAUCCUCCUGAUUCCAGUUUAUAAGCAAAAACUAAAGCAGGAAGCACCAGUAACUCGGUUAAUAAAAAAGUGGUCAGAUGACGCAGAUGCUAAGCUACAUGACUGUUUUGCUAGCACAGACUGGAAUAUGUUCCGGGAUUCUUCAGAUAGCAUUGAGGAGUACACCACAUCAGUCACUGGCUUCAUCAAUAAGCGCAUUGAUGACGUCGUCCCCACAGUGACCGUACGUACCCCAACCGGAAGCCAUGGAUUACAGGCAACAUCCGCACUGAUCUAAAGGGAAGAGCUGCCGCUUUCAAGGAGCGGGACUCUAAUCCGGACGCUUAUAAGAAAUCCUGCUAUGCCCUCCGACGAACCAUCAAACAGGCAAAGAGUCGAUACAGGACUAAGAUUGAAUCGUACUACACCGGCUCUGACGCUCGUCGGAUGUGGCAGUGCUUGAAAACUAUUACAGACUUCAAAGGGAAGCACAGCCGCGAGCUGCCCAGUGACACAAGCCUACCAGACGAACUAAAUCACUUCUAUGCUCGCUUCGAGGCAAGCAACACUGAAGCAUGCAUGAGAGCACCAGCUGUUCCGGAUGACUAUGCGAUACGCUCUCCGUAGCCAAUGUGAGUAAGACUUUUAAGCAGGUCAACAUUCACAAGGCCGAAGGGCCAGAUGGAUUACCAGGACGUGUACUCUGAGCAUGUGCUGACCAACUGGCAAGUGUCUUCACUGACAUUUUCAACAUGUCCCUGACUGAGUCUGUAAUACCAACAUGUUUCAAGCAGACCACCAUAGUCCCUGUGCCCAAGGACACUAAGAUAACCUGCCUAAACGACUACCGACCCGUAGCACUCACGUCUGUAGCUAUGAAGUGCUUUGGAAGGCUGGUCAUGGCUCACAUCAACACCAUUAUCCCAGAAACCCUAGACCCACUCAAUUUGCAUACCGCCCCAACAGAUCCACAGAUUAUGCAAUUUCUAUUGCACUCCACACUGCCCUUUCCCACCUGGACAAGAGGAACACCUACGUGAGAAUGCUAUUAAUUGACCACAGCUCAGCGUUCAACACCAUAGUGCCCUCAAAGCUCAUCACUAAGCUAAGGAUCCUGGUACUAAACACCUCCCUCUGCAACUGGAUCCUGGACUUCCUGUUGGGUCGCCCCCAGGUGGUAAGGGUAGGUAACAACACAUCUGCCACACUGAUCCUCAACACAGGGGCCCCUCAGGGGUGCGUUCUCAGUCCCCUCCUGUACUCUCUGUUCACCCAUGAUUGCAUGGCCAGGCACGACUCCAACACCAUCAUUAAGUUUGUUGAUGACACAACAGUGGUAGGCCUGAUCACCGACAACGAUGAGACAGCCUAUAGGGAGGAGGUCAGAGACCUGGCCGUGUGGUGCCAGGAUAACAACCUCUCCCUCAAUGUGAUCAAGACAAAGGAGAAUAUUGUGGACUACAGGAAAAAAAAAAAAAGAGGACUGAGCAUGCCCCCAUUCUCAUCGACGGGGCUGUAGUGGAGCAGGUUGAGAGCUUCAAGCUUGGUGUCCACAUCACCAAUGAACUGUAAUGGUCCAAAUACAAAGAGGGCACAACAAAGCCUAUUCCCCCUCAGGAGACUGAAAAGAUUUGGCAUGGGUCCUCAGAUCCUCAAAAAGUUAUACAGCUGCACCAUCGAGAGCAUCCUGACUGGUUGCAUCACCGCCUGGUAUGGCAACUGCUCGGCCUCCGACCGCAAGGCACUACAGAGGGCCCAGUACCUCACUGGGGCCAAGCUUCCUGCCAUCCAGGACCUCUAUACCAGGCGGUGUCAGAGGAAGGCCCUCAAAAUUGUCAAAGACUCCAGCCACCCUAAUCAUAAACUGUUCUCUCUGGUACCGCAUGGCAAGCGGUACCGGUGAGCCAAGUCUAGGUCGAAAAGGCUUCACAGCAGCUUCUACGCCCCAAGCCAUAAGACUCCUGAACAGCUAAUCAUGGCUACCAGGACUAUUUUCACUGCCUCUUUUACGCUGCUGCUACUCUGUUUAUUAUUUAUGCAUAGUCACUUUAACUCUACACACGUACAUAUUACCUCGAUUACCUCGACUAGCCGGUGCCCCCGCACAUUGACUCUGCACCGGUACCCCCCUGUAUAUAGUCUCCCUACUGUUAUUUCUAUUUUACUGCUGCUCUUUAGUUAUCUGCUUUUCUUUUUUACUUAACACUUUUUUUAUUUAACUUUUUUAUUUAAAGAAAAAAAUCCAUUGUUUGUUAAGGGCUUGUAAGUAAGCAUUUCACUGUAAUGUCUACACCUGUUGUAUUCGGCACAGGUGGCAAAUAACAUUUGAUUUGAUUUGUGUGUUACUGGGUCUGUGUUUGCCUGUGUGUGUGCAUUAGUGAUGAUUUUCUCGCUAAUGUUCCUCUUUAUUGUUCAGUGCCCCAGGCUGCUAAUGUGACAGAUUUACCCCCUGAGGGCCCUGCCGGUGGACGUAGUGCUAAUAUAACCAGGUACCAGCUCAAGGUAAGAGACUAAAAACUUCACCACAAUUUGCUCACUCUCUACAUGUUAUACUGUACUCACAAGAAUAUCACAGUAAUAAGACCUCGCAUGCUAACCCCCCUCUACCCUGUCUCCUGUUUGUCCAGGAUUCCUCAUACAUAUUCCGAGAUGGGACCCUGCCCCCCCACAGGCAGAUGUUCUACCAGCUCUGUGAUCUGGACGUGGAGAGGUAAGAUCCAACAUUGUAUACAGGCGAUUCCAUUAGAGAUUGUCCCAAAAAUAUUGAUAAUGUUUUGUAUCUUCCUGAAAUAAAGUCCAUAGAAAGGUUCUUUGGGGGAAGGAUGUUUGGCAUAACUUUGAAAUCUGUAUCCAAACUAAUUAUGUUUAACAUUUUGGCCUUACCAGGUCUUCUUUAAGACAUUACAACGGUGAGUCUGUAGAUGCUACAAAGCCAGUGUUAGUGUCAUUUGAACCGUAAUGUGUGCUCUGAAAUAUGAGUAGUGCUGAGAUUAAGAAUACAAAUUCUAUACAUUAAUUUAUGGAUCAUAAAAAAUAUAAAUGUACAUUUCUUAAAAGUACCCUUUGUGAUUUUCAGUAUUUGGCAUAUUGUUUUAGACAAUAUACUCUACAACUACAUCACAUUUCCAGAGUGGGCUAUCUGCUACUUUUUAAGUUAUGAUACAUUUUAUGAGCAACACCAACACAUUGAAUUUGAGAAUGGAUUCAAAGGAACUCCCUCUGCUGGUGACUUGCUGAAUGUGCAAUCCUAAAUGAGGGCUGUGAUUGGCCUAUAAUUUAAAUAAAUAAAAUGGGUCAGAUCACACAGUAAGGUUUCAAAUGACACCAAGAAUGGCUUUGUAGCAUAUAAACAUAAAUCCCACAUUUUGUUGUUUAACAGCCUGAAUUCAAAAGGAAUUAAAUUGAUUAUUUUUCUCACCCAUCUACACACAAUACCCCAUAAUGACAAAGUCCCCAAAAUGUUCAGAUUCUUUUAGCAAAUUUAUUGAAAAUGAAAUACAGAAAUAUUUCAUUUACAUACAGUGAGGGAAAAAAGUAUUUGAUCCCCUGCUGAUUUUGUACGUUUGCCCACUGACAAAGAAAUGAUCAGUCUAUAAUUUUAAUGGUAGGUUUAUUUGAACAGUGAUAGACAGAAUAACAACAAAACAAUCCAGAAAAAUGCAUGUUAAAAAUGUUAUAAAUUGAUUUGCAUUUUAAUGAGGGAAAUAAGUAUUUGACCCCCUCUCAAUCAGAAAGAUUUCUGGCUCCCAGGUGUUUUUUAUACAGGUAACGAGCUGAGAUUAGGAGCACACUCUUAAAUGGAGUGCUCCUAAUCUCAGCUUGUUACCUGUAUAAAAGACACCUGUCCACAAAAGCAAUCAAUCAAUCAGAUUCCAAACUCUCCACCAUGGCCAAGACCAAAGAGCUCUUCAAGGAUGUCAGGGACAAGAUUGUAGACCUACACAAGGCUGGAAUGGGCUACAAGACCAUCGCCAAGCAGCUUGGUUAGAAGGUGACAGUUGGUGCGAUUAUUCGCAAAUGGAAGAAACACAAAAGAACUGUCAAUCUCACUCAGCCUGGGGCUCCAUGCAAGAUCUCACCUCGUGGAGUUGCAAUGAUCAUGAGAACGGUGAGGAAUCAGCCCAGAACUACACGGGAGGAUCUUGUCAAUGAUCUCAAGGCAGCUGGGACCAGAGUCACCAAGAAAACAAUUGGUAACACACUACGCCGUGAAGGACUGAAAUCCUGCAGCGCCCGCAAGGUCCCCCUGCUCAAGAAAGCACAUAUACAGGGCCGUCUGAAGUUUGCCAAUGAACAUCUGAAUGAUUCAGAGGAGAACUGGGUGAAAGUGUUGUGGUCAGUUGAGACCACAAUCAAGCUCUUUGGCAUCAACUCAACUCGCCGUGUUUGGAGGAGGAGGAAUGCUGCCUAUGACCCCAAGAACACAAUCCCCACCGUCAAACAUAGAGGUGGAAACAUUAUGCUUUGGGGGUGUUUUUCUGCUAAGGGGACAGGACAACUUCACGCAUCAAAGGCACGAUGGACGGGGCCAUGUACUGUCAAAUCUUGGGUGAGAACCUCCUUCCCUCAGCCAGGGCAUUGAAAAUGGGUCGAUGAUGGGUAUUCCAGUAUGACAAUGACCCAAAACACACGGCCAAGGCAACAAAGGAGUGGCUCAAGAAGAAGCACAUUAAGGUCCUGGAGUGGCCUAGCCAGUCUCCAGACCUUAAUCCCAUAGAAAAUCUGUGGAGGGAGCUGAAGGUUCGAGUUGCCAAACGUCAGCCUCUAAACCUUAAUGACUUGGAGAAGAUCUGCAAAGAGGAGUGGAACAAAAUCCCUCCUGAGAUGUGUGCAAACCUGGUGGCCAUCUACAAGAAACGUCUGACCUCUUUGAUUGCCAACAAGGGUUUUGCCACCAAGUACUAAGUCAUGUUUUGCAGAGGGGUCAAAUACUUAUUUCCCUCAUUAAAAUGCAAAUCAAUUUAUAACAUUUUUGACAUUUAUUUUGUUGUUAUUCUGUCUCUCACUGUUCAAAUAAACCUACCAUUAAAAUUAUAGACUGAUCAUGUUUUUGUCAGUGGGCAAACAUACAAAAUCAGCAGGGGAUCAAAUACUUUUUUCCCUCACUGUAAGUAUUCACACCCCUUAGUCAAUACUAUAGAAGCGUCUUUGGCAUUGAUUACAGCUGUGAGUCUUUCUGGGCAAGUCUCUAAGAGCUUUCCACACCAGGAUUGUGCAACAUUUGCCCAUUAUUAUUUUCAAAAUUAUUCAAGCUCUGUCAAAUUGGUUGUUGAUCAUUGCUAGACAACCAUUUUCAGGUCUUGUCAUAGAUUUCAAGUAGAUUUAAGUCAAAACUGUAACUCGCCCACAAUGUUCACGUUGUUCUUGGUAAGCAACUCCAGUGUAGAUUUGGCCUUGUGUUUUAGGUUAUUGUCCUGUUAAAAGGUGAAUUCAUCUCCCAGUAUCUGUUGGUUAAGCAGACUGAACCAGGUAUUCCUCUAGGACAGGGGUGUCAAACGUCCGGCCCGCGGGCCGGAUCAGGCCCGCAAACGGGUUUAAUCCGGCCCGCGAGAUGAUUUUGUAAAGUAUAAAAAUGCCCUGCAAUUUUUCAAUAAAAUAAACUGCUGUUCCAAUUGCGUCCACUGGAUGGCGCAAUAUCAAUUGUGUUAAGCAAGCAAACUGUUUAUACCGGGGCAGAGCAAGUAGGUCAAGUCUGUGUUUACUCACAGCCGAGACAUCAGUGACGCUGCAGUGAAAGCUAGCUACCUCAUUGCUAAUGAAAUCGCAGUGGCUUCAAAACCAUUUAGUGAGGGUGAAUUUGUAAAAACAUGCAUGAUGAAGGCAGCUGAGAUUGUGUGCCCUGAAAAGCGUCAGGCUUUUGUAAAUAUCAGCCUGACAAGAAACACAGUUGCAGACAGGAUUUCCUAUCUUUCAGUGGAUUUGGACAGCCAGUUGAAGCAAAAAGUAAAGUCAUUUAUUGCUUUUCGGUUGCAAUUGAUGAAAGCACGGACAUUAUUACAGAUGUUGCACAACUGGCCAUUUUCAUCCGCGGAGUUGAUGACACAUUGACCGUCACCGAGGAGUUCGUGGAGUUGGUGCCGAUGACAGAUACAACGACAGCAGCUGAUAUUUUUUACCGCACUCGUCGGCGCGCUGGACAGGGUCGGAGUGGACUGGUCCCGCGCUGUCAGCCUGGCUACAGAUGGUGCGCCCUCAAUGAUUGUGAAAAAAGCAGGCGUUGUGACAAAGUUCAGAGAGAAAGUGCAAUCUGCAAAUGGAGGACGUGAUUUUUUGACUUUUCACUGUAUUUUGCACCAGGAGGCUUUGUGUUGCAAGUCAUUAAAGAUGGAUAACUUCAUGAAGGUGGUCAUCCAAACUGUUAAUUUCAUCCGAUCCAGAAGCCCGAAUCACCGUCAGUUUGACAGCCUUCUCAGAGAGAAAGACCACAUCUAUGGCCUGCCAUACCACACUGAGGUAAGAUGGUUAAGCCGAGGUGCUGAGGCGUUUCUUUGAUUUACGAGAAGAAAUUGAACAGUGUUAGAAUUCCAUUCCGCAGAAUGGAUGCAGGACCUUGCAUUUAUGGUGGAUGUUACAGAGCACCUGAAUAACUUGAACAAACAGCUGCAAGGGCGCAACAAAGUUGUCACGCAGUAUUAUGACAGCAUACGUUCUUUCAAGUUGAAGCUGUCAUUGUGGGAGACGCAACUUGCCGGUGGUGAUGCAGCUCACUUCCCCUGUCUGAAAAAUGUGUGCGCUACCCAACAUGUGGCAGACAUGAAGCGGUUCAAAGAUAAAAUAACGGGACUGUUACGGGAGUUUGAGCAACGCUUUCAGAUUUUUGGUGAACUGGAGAAAGACUUCAAAGUUUUUUGCUCGCCAUUCACCGUGAAUCCCUCUGAUCUGCCCGUCAGCAUCCAACUUGAAAUAAUAGACUUGCAGUGUGACUCGGAUUUGAAGGGCAAAUUUGCCGCAGCUGGCUUGGACACAUUUAAUCAGAAUCUCUUGCCAGGUUACCCCAACUUGACAGCCCUCGCUGCAAAACUGUUGUGCAUGUUUGGAACCACAUAUCUUUGUGAGCAAGUUUUCUCUGUAAUGAGCAUAAAUAAAACAAAGCUGCGCUCAAGGCUCACGCACAAGCACUUGAAUCACAUCCUGAAGUUGGCUGCCACUCAGGAUGUGACGCCUGAUAUUGAUGCGCUGUGAAAGCUAAAAGAUGCCAGGAAUCAGGAGUCAAAUAAACUAUGCAACCCCACUUAAAGUGCUACAUGAGACAUCCUGAUAUAGUUCUGUGAUAUACUUCUGUGAAUCACUGAGGCAUUGUGUGUUUGUGUGUUCUUUGUCCUCAGAACUUUCAAAUAACUUGAGGUGUUUUAUGAUUAAUAGUGAUGUUGUGCUUUUGGACACACUGUCCUCAGGCGCCAGCUUUAUGUUUAUAUGUUUUUAUGUUGAUGUGCUAUUGUUUUUAAUUGAUUUUAUUUUAUUUGUAUAUUUAACCUAUUCUUGACUCUGUGGUUCUUGCACUUGUUUGGGGAACAGGAUUUCAUUCUUUUUAUCUACAUUUCUGCCUGAGAAAUGACCCCCUGAUAUAGUUCUGUGAUCUGUGAAACAGUUCUGUUAAUCACUGAGGCAUUGUGUGUUUGUGUUCUUUUUCUUUAGAAUUUUCAAAUAAACUUGACGUGUUUUAUGAUUAAUAGUGAUGUUGUGCUUGUACUAUUUUGGACACGCUGUCCUCAGGCUCCAGCUUUAUGUUGUAUGUUGAUCGUAUUAAAACAAAGAAAACAAUCUGAAGUUGUUGUUUUUAAGUUAUAUAUACCAUGAUUUUUCCGGUCCGGCCCACUUGGGAAUAGAUUUUCCUCCAUGUGGCCCCUGAGCUAAAAUCAGUUUGACACCCCUGCUCUAGGAAUUUGCCUGAGCUUAGCGCCAUUCCGUUUCUUUUUAUCCUGAAAAACUCCCCAGUCCUUAACGAUUGCAAGGAUACCCAUAACAUGAUGCAGCAGCCACUAUGCUUGAAAAUAUGGAGAGUGGUACUCGGUAAUGUAUUAGAUUUGUCCCAAACAUAACACUUUAUAUUCAGGACAAAAAAUGUAUUGCUUUUGCAGUAUUACUUUAGUGCCAUGUUGCAAACAUGAUGCAUGUUUAGAUUUUUUUUUUUCUGUACAGGCUUCCUUCUUUUCACUCUGUCAAUUAGGUUAGUAUUGUGGAUUAACUACAGAUCCAUCUUCAGUUUUCUCCUAUCACAGUCAUUAAACUCUGUAACUGUUUAAAAGUCACCAUUGGCCUUAUGUUGAAAUCCCUGAGAGUUAGGAAAAACGCCUGUAUCCUUGUAGUGACUGGGUGUUUUGAUACACCAUCCAAAUUGAAAUGAAUAACUUCACCAUGCUCAAAAGGAUAUUCAUUGUCUGCUUUUUUUUUUACGAUCUACCAAUAGGUGCCCUUCAUUGUGAGGCUUUGGAAAACCUCCCUGAUCUUUGAGGUUGAAUCUGUGUUUGAAAUUCAUUGCUCGACUGAGGGACCUUACAGAUAAUUGUAUGUGUGGGGUACAGAGAUGAGGUAGUCAUUAAAAAAUCAUGUUAAAUGCUGUUAUUGCACACAGCGUGAGUCCAUGCAACUUAUUAUGUGACUUGCUAAGCAUAUUUUUACUCAUGAACUUAUUUAGGCUUGCCAUAACAAAGGGGUUGAAUACUUAUUGACUCAAGACAUUUCAGUUUGUCGUUUUUAAUGAAUUUGUAAACAUUUUGAAAAACAUUAUUGUGCGUAGGCCAGUGACCAAAACAAAUCUCUAUUUAAUCCAUUUUAAAUUCAGGCUGUAACACAACAAAAUGUGGAAAAUGUUAAGGGGUGUAAAUACUUUCUGAAGACACUGUAUCUUUGGGCCAAUCUCGUUUGGAAUUGCAGUGCAAAGAUCUCUGCAUGUUGUUAUCUGUUUGUGUCUAAUGUUAUGACCCUGCUCCUGGCUCAGCAUAAGGAACGUGAUCAGUCGGAACGACGGCCAGGAGAAGGAGUGUGACGAGAGGGACGGCUGGUGUCUGUCCCACACCUCUGAUGACCUCCGAGAUAUCAUGUCCUCCAUGAUCAAGCAGGUUAUCCGUGCCAAGAGGCCAGGUGAGACCUCUCUCUAACACUGGCGCAGCACUCACCUAUGAUCGACCUGGCCUGGAGUCAAACCACGGAGUUUGACUUCAUGGUGAAUAGGUGUUCAGUGUGUCUUGAAUGAGAACCCCCUGGUCGGGGAUAAAACUGUUACAGUACACAACAAGUGAUGACUACAGUCCUUCCCACAUGUCAAGUUGCUGUUUAUUAAUGUUCAGAUGUGGUGCUGUGAAAAAUAGUUUUAAUGCCUAAUUUAGAUAUUUUUUGCAUAGAAUUUCCGACAUUUGAUAUGCAAUUUUGUUACUCAAGUUGUCUAUAUUGAAAUAGAUGCAACUUCUCUUCUAUAAUUUCUUGUUGCCCUAGACCAGGGUUUCCCAAACUCAGCCCCCCCCGCCCUAGAAACCCUGCCCUAGACGUCUAAAUAAUGCCUUGCUCACCCAAAUAAUGUAAAAUCGAUAGGAUUCUCUUUAAUUUAUUAUUCUCUCAUGGAGCGAGGACGUUAAGUGAUUGGGGAGAAAAUGCAAUAACUCUAAAACAGAGGAAAGAUUUUCCGUUCAAAAUGUCUAUAUGUCAUCAGUUUGACCUGUUUUAAGGAAAUAAAAGGCUGGGAAAACGAUCCAACUUAUUUCUGAUAAUAUUACAGUUCUACUUGGAUGCAUAUUUUAUGUGGUUGGUUGGAAGGAAUACUGCCAGCUUUUAUAUUGCUGAAAAAGUUAGCAUUUGUACAUAGACCCUAACCGCAAAUUCACUUUAUCUCAAGAUGCUGAAAGAAAUAAAUCAUGUUUCUACACUCCUGUUCUUGAGGCAAAAUUAACAUUUGGUGUAUGAUUUUACUGCAAGAAAUUCUUAAUUCUGCAGGAGUUAAUAUUAUAUUAGGCUACAUGUGAGAGGUUAUAGGCCUACAGUCAGUGUCCAGACUUUAGUUACUUUUCCAUUUCACUCAUCUGAACUUCAAUGGUUCGCUGACCAGGGGGUUCGGCUGCACCUUCCGCACCCCUACUUCCGCUGUCCCUGAUGUGAACUGGUGUGGUCCAAGAUUAAUCAUACUGUAGGCCCAGUCACCAUGAUAAUACUUUCCUCUAGCUCUGGACAAGAGUUCCCCACUGCCGGUGUGAAAGUGUAGGAACAAUAAGGAGUGCAUCUAUGCUGAACAAAAAUGUCAACGCAACAGGCAACAACUUCAAACAGUUUACUGAGUUACAGUUCAUAUAAGGAAAUCAGUCAAUUGAAAUACAUUAAUUAGGCUGUAAUAUAUGGAUUUCACAUGACUGGGAAUACAGAUAUGCAUCUGUUGGUCACAGAUACCUUAAAAAAAGAAUUAGGGGCAUGGAUCAGAAAAUGGGGCCCUGCAUUAUCAUGCUGAAACAUGAGGUGAUAGCAGCUCUGUGCAUUCAAAUUGCCAUCGCUAAAAUGCAAUUGUGUUCGUUGUCCAUAGCUUAUGCCUGCCCAUACCAUAACUUCACCGCCACCAUUGGGCAAUCUGUUCACAACGUUGACAUCAGCCAGCUGCUCGCCCACAUGACGCCAUACAUGUGGUUGUGAGGCCGGUUGGACGUAAUGCCAAAUUCUCUAAAACGAUAUUGGAGGCGACUUAUGGUAGAAAAAUUAACAGUACAUUUUCUGCCAACAGCUCUGGUGGACAUUCCUGCAGUCAGAAUACCAAUUGCACGCUCCCUCAAUUUGAGACAUCUGGCAGUGUGUUGUGUGUCAAAACGGCACAUUUUGGAGGGGCCUUUUGUCCCCAGCACAAGGUGCACCUGUGUAAUGAUCAUGCUGUUCAAUCAGCUUCUUGAUAUGCCACACCUGUCAGGUGGAUGGAUUAUCUUUGCAAAGGAGAAAUGCUCACUAACAGGGAUUUAAACACAUUUUUGUUCAGUAUAGUAUGUUAAUGACGUGCAUCAAUUUGUCCAUUAAAUAAGUGAGUUUAUGUGAGUAUACAGUGUAUCUUUUGUUGUUGAUGUAAGAUUUACAUCAAUUAUGGGGUCAUUAUGAAUGUUUUAGUUUUUUCUAUGUCCAUCAUACAGUAUAUCUGUGCUUUUUGCAGCUCCUUACUCUUCUGGGCCUGAGAGUUCUGUUACCAGGCGAAAGACCCCAGAGAGUGGAGAGGAGGAUGAUGAAGAGGAGGAUGAGGAAGAUGAGUUUCAUCCCUCAGAGGGGAGUGACAAUGAGAUGCAGACAGAGAUGCUGGAUUAUAUGUGAGGAUGGACACGAUCCAUCCCUGCCUUAACAAAUGGACUGUGGAAUUGUACAAACUUCCUUCGUUCACUGUAAAAACGUACAUUUUUGUGUAUUUGCGAAUUAGUGUGAAUAAAUGUGUUUAAGUUGAGGAGUGAACUUUUCCCCCUUUUUAUUGUCC